GGUGGGCAGAAACCGGGGCGGCCGUGGCUGAGCCGGGCUGCGGCUUUUCCCCGCGUCGCCGGGGGGCCCGGCCCUUUCCAGCAGCCGGGCCGCAGGGCCCAGGCUACGCCGGAAACCCGAGCUCCCCGAGAACAGGGGCCGCUAACCGGGAGUGUCGUUAGGACAGAGGAGGAAUGGCUUUUCAGUGUCUCUUCAGCAGGCUGCCCUCCUGGGGUCUGAAAAAGCUGCUGCUUUACUUCAUAGCAGCCGGGAUCUCUCUCCGGAAGACGGAUGGUGACAGCCCUCCUUAGGACAGGACCCAGACCGGCUCGUCUGUUGCUGCCGAAGCAGAACACAACACAGGGUUUCUCCGUCACGGGAGACCACGAGCAGACCAAGCCGUGCAGCAGAGGUAGCUAGAUGGAUGCUCCCAAAGAAAUUCAGCCUACAGGAGACUUCACAUGUCAGCUGUGUGGCUUAACAGCUCCAUACACGUACUAUGGGCACAAGCCACCCAACAAAGGUUCCAUUGUGCUUUUGGAAGACGCCUAUGUCAUGAAGGAUCCUUUCACCCCUGACAAGGACAAAUUCCUCAUCCUUGGGUCUCACUGCAGUUUGUGUAGCAGAUCGGUGUGCGUUGGUGCAGAAUGUAGUCUGUUCUACUCCAAAAGGUUUUGCCUCCCCUGUGUGAAAGAAAACUUAAAGGCCUUUCCUUUGGAAAUACAAGAAGAUAUGAAUAAAAGGAAGCCCCAGCAAAAAUCCUUCUCCUGUAAAAAAAGGGAUAAAAGAACAUAAAUGCUGAAGGAUCCAAGACAGCUCUGUGGCUGAGGUUUCUACUCUCUCCUGUUGGAGACUAUCAUGUUGCUCCCUUGAAAGAAAUGACCUUCAUGGGCUCACUACUACAGAGCACAGUAGCACAUUUCCUUACAAUUGGUUUGGCUUCAGACAUCACCAUGCAGUGACUGCAGUGCCAGCAGUGUGGCCCUGAAAGUGUUAACAGCCAGGAAGAAAGGCAGACAAGCCUGCUGUCACCAUGUAAAACACGUGCACUGAAAAACUAAACAGCUUAUAACACAAGAACUGUGUCCAAAUUUUCUCAUUUGUUAUAUUAAUCUUUUUUGUGGUCCUUGACUGCCCUACAGUAUUGUAAAAUCUGAGACAGAUUUAUCUGGUUUAAUUCAGUGUACAUCACUUGUUAACCUGUCAGUGCUGUCCUGGUUAAGAUUACAGUGGAAAGGAUUCAAAACUUUGUCUAAAAUAAAACUUAGGAGAACAUGUCACAGAGAAUACUAUGACAGCAUUAAAACUUCUGAAGGAGGAGGCUCUUAUAAUAAAAUGCUGAUAUAAUUUAAAAAAAAAAGAAGAUACUUACAUGUCAUUUGCACUUCCACUCCUUCUUCCAGUUAUGUCAACACAGCAAUAGGAGAGGACUAGUUUGUGUUUAUCUAGUUUAUGUUUUACAAGUGCAAAUGUCCUCACUUCUGCAUCAGUUAAUCUGGAAAUAAAAGAGUUUAGCAAGUAAA